UGGUGUGUUGCUAUUGUUGUUUACAACCGACCGAUCUUACGCCGUUUCGUUGCGCAAAGCAGGCCAAAUAACGAUUUUUCUCUUUUCUUCCCGGUAAAGUGAUGUAGCUUCCAGGUUUCCCCGUUUUACCCUUUGACUUUCCAACUCCCCACCCGCGGGUGCGUCAACAUGUCGCUUUUCCAUGCCAAUGCCGGACAGGCAGAAAUUAUCCGGAGCGUGCAGAAGGACCAGGAACACAUCGAGUACAUCCGGACGGCGCUGAGCGAGGUACUAUUGCUGCUCAGCCAACGGCACUGGUUCAAGUAUAAUGCGCUGUGCAAGCUGAUUGCCGAAAUUCUUUACCAUCAUUACGCGAUCCUGAAUAAUCUGCAAACGCUUGGCGAAGAGUACACCGGCAUCAUACAGGUCGAUGCAAACUAUGUAAUGCUACCGAACAAAGCGCUCCAGCUGCUGGCAAUUCUGCUGGAGUAUGGUGGGGAGCAUCUGGUGGACCGUGUGCUCACCUACCUGCAGACGGAAAUUGAUCGUAGCGAAGAGUUGCUGGAAUCGGUGAAAACCGCACUGCACAAGCUAAUCGAUACGCUGCGGGUGGUCGUACCGUACGUGCGCGGAUUCCAUACCAGCCUGUUCUACAUCAACGGUGGAAAGUAUCACAUUUCGAAGCGACUGACGGGCAUAAACUAUGUUCUUAUUCGAAACUGGCUGAAGGAAGACCAUUCCAUCUACGGUUAUAAGGUGUUGGGUUACGUGACCCUUACCCAGCUUCUGCUAGCUCUUGCCGCACGGUACCGGCAGUACCGCUCCGAACCAAAGCCUAAACCCGUGCAACCGGCACGCACAGCCAGCGCGAAACGGUUGUCCAGCGCACCCGGUGGCACAACACGCAGCUGUGCACUCUGCAUGGACACAACACAAGACAUCAGCGUCACGCAGUGUGGACAUCUAUUCUGCUGGCACUGUAUACUGAACUGGCUUGACCAGCGACAAAUAUGUCCGAUUUGUCGUGAAGCGAUCAAGAAAACGCGCGUUGUACGUUUGCAAAACUUUGCGAGCUAGUCAAUGGUGGGUUUGUAGAUUUUUAAAAUAUUCCAGGUCUGGUGGGCAUGUUCAAAAUUUCAAUUACAAUUGGUGUUAGGUUGGCAAGAUAAUCGUUUAAGCGAGGAGAAAAAAAGGCAACUAGGAAUAAAUGGGGGAUAUUAUAAUUAAAAA